GGGGGGCGAUCAUGUCCACUCCAGCCAGGCGGAGGCUCAUGAGGGAUUUCAAAAGAUUACAAGAAGAUCCUCCUGUGGGUGUCAGUGGUGCACCGUCUGAGAACAAUAUAAUGCAAUGGAAUGCAGUCAUUUUUGGGCCAGAGGGUACUCCUUUUGAAGAUGGUACCUUUAAGUUAGUAAUAGAAUUUUCAGAAGAAUAUCCAAAUAAGCCUCCAACUGUUAGGUUUCUAUCGAAAAUGUUCCAUCCCAAUGUAUAUGCAGAUGGUAGCAUAUGUUUAGAUAUCCUUCAAAAUCGCUGGAGUCCAACAUAUGAUGUCUCGUCUAUUUUAACCUCAAUUCAGUCGCUGCUUGAUGAACCCAAUCCAAAUAGUCCUGCCAACAGUCAGGCUGCACAACUUUAUCAGGAAAACAAACGAGAAUAUGAAAAAAGAGUUUCAGCUAUUGUUGAACAAAGUUGGAAUGAUUCAUAAGAAAUGACUUCCUUCGUUAACUGCGUCUUCAUAAUCAUCAUGUACAAUUUAACUUGCGAUAGGAAAUGCUACCAGAAUUUCUCAAGUGCCACGUUUGACUUGCAUACGGAUGUGUUUGCAAAAAAGCCCUUCAGUUUCAAAACUCUAAAAGCUUGUGUACCUUGAUUAAUGUACUUUUUAUUGCAUGUUAUGACUUAAGUUAUUGCUACAUAAAUUUGUAAUAUAUCCUGUUUGUAUUUUUUUCAAAGUGUAUAAUGUUGGUGUGAAGUUUUCAUGACAGAAUAUACAUAUUUUGUAAAUCUGUACUUUUUUCAAAAUAUUGAAUGCCUUAUUUUUGAAUUCUUUAGAUUUUUAAAUUGGAAAAAGUCACUUAACAGAGUUUUAUAUAUAAAAUAUUUCAUGUAAAGCUGAAAUACAUAACCUCAGUGCAAGAGA